AAUUGCAAACAACGUGAUUUUCCAAAACAUUUUUAUAAAAAACAACUCAACUGAAAAUGGCAAAAGUUGUGGCAUCCAGAUUUGCUCUCUUAAAAGUGGAGGGAGAUGAUAAUGAUAAUGAUACAAAGACAACACAAAAAUCGAGCAAUGCACAGACCAACAAGAAGAAAAACAAGAAGAAGAAAGGCGGUCAGGAUGAAGAGUUAAGAAAUUUGGCCUUUGGUCGACCCACUUCGUCUGGUCAACACAAGUCAAACAAGAAAAAAUUAGCUGCCCAACCUUCAGAAGAAGACUGGGAAAAAUGGCAGGAAACAGAUAAACAGUUGACUUCAGAUGCCUACGAAAAAGACUUACAAGAAGCUUUGUUACAAAGUAAAAUAGAGUAUGAAAAAUCUAAACAGGAUGUGAAGGUGUCACAGGAAGCGGGGAUCCCAGAAUCCUCCCACUUACAAGGUAAAGAGGAUAAAAAGAAGAGAAAACACAAAGACAAGCCAGCCACUAUGAGUCUGGAUCAAUUCAAUCAAAUGAACUCAGAGAAACCCAAAGUCUUCUCAGAAGAGUUGGAGGAGGUGCCCAGUCCGUCCAUGCCUCAGACAAACGGAGCAGAGACGGAUCCUAAGUUCUUCUCUCACCUAGACGACAGUGUUCAAAAGAUUAUACAGAAAGAAAAAAUUCAGGAGGAGUACCAAAAGCACUUUGCAGUAGAAAGUGUAGUCUCAGCAAAGCAUCAGAAAGAAAUAGAGAAAAAAGAUAGAGAAAUAGAAUUUCUACGAACAUCUAUGAAGAAAUUAGAGGAAGAAUAUAAGCAAGUGAAAAAGAGAAACAAGCAGCUGUGUGUGAUACUGGCUCAGGGAGAAAUGAAAGACAAAGCUGAGGUUCUGAUGCAGGUUGACCAACUCACUCAGGUCAAGGACGAACUCACUGAUCAGGUAGCAGAACUGACAGCAGAACUAGAAAAAGAAAGGUCAAAAGUUCACAGUCUAAAGUCAGAACUUGAUAAGAUCAAGGGAGGAAAACAUGCCACAAAAUAAGUGAGACAGGGUAUAUGCUACUGGGGACUGUGUCAUUUGACUGAAUGUUGUGUCACAAGGUCAUGAAGAACACAUGGCAUGGUGAAGGGUCAUUUUUUAAUCAUUUUGUGUCGAAGGAUAUCAGACAAAGUCAUUGUAAUGGAGAACUGUGUUGUGAGAUGUAUCAUGGACAAUGUUAUGUUACUUUUAUAUUUUUCAUUAAAAUCAAUUUUCUUAUGAUGUUGAA